CCACACUGCAGAGCUUGGAGGCAGGUAGCCUGUCCGGCGGUGAAUGUGAUGUGAAGUAGUGAGAAAGGGUAAUCAGGGUGAAGAUAUUAAUCAUUUUAUACGACAGAACAGCUGAAGAGUCUACUAAGGUCAGUCAAGAUGAUGAAGGAGUGCCUGCAGUUUCUUAUAGAGCCAGCGAAGAAUCUCAAGAUUCGCAUAAAGGAGUCCCGUAAGAAGGUGAAGCAUGAGAAGAAGGAACCGCUGCUGGAGUCCCAGCUCUUCAUCAUGGAUCUGGCUCGAGAACUCAACAGACUCUGCCGGAAAUCCGACGUGCUGGCCCACAUCUGGACGUGUGAGGACGUCUGGCCUCCUCAUCUGUGUCGGGAGUUCAUCAUGGAGUGGUCCGCCACCCUGGAGAACAAGCAGCGGAGUCUGCUGAUCAGCCCGCGGCCCGAGCGGCGUGACUGGAGGGGGCAUCUCCUCAGCAUGCUGGAGCAGGGCGGCGAGCACGACAUGGCCUCCCACCGCAGCAUCAUCAUGGACUGGGUGCGGGAGCACAAGGCCAAGCACCAGCACGGCGUGUGGCCAGGGGAGCCGGUGCUGAUGGUGCUGGAUGACCUUGAGUACCAGUGGCGUAGAGGUCGUCUGACCCACCUGCGCUCCGCCAUGGAGCUGGUCAUCUGGGCCGUGAUGGCCGAGAGCACAGAGAAGGAGAUCAUCCCGAGGCUGUGGUUGGCUCACAAACAAAAGAAUCAGAAGAUUGAUGCAAGUCGGUACAUUCCACAUGCAUUAUGGAACUGGAUAGGAGAUGCAGCAGAGGAGGUGACCCUUGACUCGGAGACGGCGAACCCUGACCUCCUGAUCUCGGGCGACAGGAAGCGGAUGCGGUGCGGCUACGAGAAGUGCGACGUGGCGGACUGCCGGCGCCGCUUCAACGGCUGGUGGUGCGCGUUGGCGGCCGAGGGCUUCAGCGCGGGGCGGCACUACUGGGAGGUGGAGGUGGGCGAUCGCGACUGGCGCCUGGGCGUGGCACGGGCCUCGGCGCUGCGUCACGGUUACCGCUCGCUCAACACGGAGAGCGGCUACCUGACGCUGCGCCUGGAACGCGGGCAGGAGCUGAAGGCGCUCACUGUGCCCUACACGCCGCUGCCCGCGGACCUCCCGCUGCCACGCAAGGUGGGCAUCUACCUGGACUACGAGGGCGGGCAGCUGUCCUUCUACGACGUGGAGCGCCGGGCGCACAUCUACACCUACACUGACACCUUCAGCGAGAAACUCUACCCCGUCUUUGGCACCGUCGAGGUGGUGAGGGACAUGGUGAUCCGGGAGGCGGGGGCAAGAGAACCCUGCUUCUGCCCCGGCCCGUGUCUCUGGAGCUAAUUGCCCCACCACCACCACCACCAUUGCCAUCCCAUCACCCCCCCCCCCCCCCAGCUGUUCAAUGCAGUACAGAGGUGUCAGUGUUCAGGUGUAGACGCUAACACCAACGGCAGCAGACUGGAGCGGAUCAGAACCGAAUCUGAAACGGAUCCAGUCUGAAAUCGGCUGUUAGCCUGCUGUUUCCACUCGUCCACUCAGAGCUUAAGGCCCUCUCACAGGUAUAAAGCAAUUUCGCCGAUGGGUUGUUCGGCUCAAAAUAGUGUUUGCUCAACCGUUGUUGCACAACACAAGUGAUUGGAAAUAAUUGGUUUAAGAGAGCAACAGUGUUGUUGUUGUUGUGUUGUGUCCGAAAACCCUAUUACGCUCAUUCGCAAAUCUUAGUGUGAGAGUUUGUCACUUUCGAACAGUCCUUGAUGCCUCUCUCUCAUGUUAGACACCCUCUAAGUCCCUUAAUUCACAGGAUAUUUGAGCCUGGAUAAUGCACUUCCCAUUGAAAACAGCAACAGUAGACCACGUAGAGCUUCAUACUCUGGAAUGGCUGACAAGCUGAGCAAAAACUAUUUUAAACAACAAACCAUUUUUGAAAUGAACCAAAACAAAAAAGACUAAGAGUGCUUUGACGAUGUGAUUUCUCUCACCCCCUUUGCAUCCUGCUAAUGCUUUCUUUUUUGCGCGUGUGCUUUUUGAUUUUGAUGUUCAUUUGUGAAAUGUUUCUGUUACACUGCUCUUUCUACCAGUAUUGAAAUAAAGAUUUGCCCUGUACG